AUGGAGUCAUUUGGGCAGCAGAGUAGCCAGAUGUACGGAAGCGACUUUACGAACAUGGCCACGGGGUCCAUUGGCGCGCUCACACAAGAAGACGAAAUGCUGAAGGGGGGGCACACCAUAGACAAAACGUUUUUAAGCAGCGUGCAUGCGCAGUGCGACGCCACGCUUGCAGACGAUGGGCUGGUCCACUACGUGGCCACGGCGUUUUCGGAGGUGUGCAGAAAAAUAGACGACAUCCACCGGGCCCUAGAGGCCGCAGACAUUUCAGCGCCUGCAGACAGAAAGGAAAAUUUGGACAGCGUGAUAAUAGAGGAGAGCGCGGAGGUGGGCUGGCUGGAUAGAAUCAAGCAGAUAGUGUACGGGAAGGACGGGCGCGCCCAGGAGGAAGACGGGCGAUUUGCGAGCGGGAGCAGAGGGCCGGGCAAAGAGGAGGCCUGUGCGCCUGCACAAAAGCCGCUUGGAGGGGCCAGCGUCUUGGGAAGUGCUUUGAACAUGGUGGAGCAGGCUGGGAUAAAGUCUCUGCUGCACAGAAGGAGGCGGGGCGAAGAGGCCGGGGCGCUGGCCAGCAUGGAGCAGAUGAAGGCCCGGAAGGACGCAGAGAUCAUGCGCCACAAAAGCCGAGCGGAGGCCGCAGAGGCAGCUCUAAAGGAGGCAAACGAGAAGGUGGAGGCAUACAAGUCUAAGCUGAAAGUGCGAAAAAGAGAGAUUUCCGAAAUAAAGUCCUCCUUCACGAGCACAGCCACUGCAGAGGCGUCGCUGGGCAAGCUGGCAACCUCUGUGUCUAUACAGAUGGCUCGCAUGCUGCUUCUUCUGGGCAUGCCGUCAGACAUUGACCAGAUGCACCAGGAAAUAGCGGCUGGGGAAACAGGCAGGCUGGUGGAGUGCUUGGCGGAGAUUGAAAAGCACAUAAAGGCAAGCGAGCAGAAGGAGAAGGGCGCGCUCGACAGCAUGCAGGAGGAAAGGGCCCACAUAAACAAGCAAAUCCAGAGCUUCACGCAGGAAAUAGAGGAGGCCAAAAAGGCAAACCGGGAAAUGCUAGCAGAGGCAGAAAAAAUCCGAGAAGAAAAAGACGCGCUGAUAAACAAGCAGCGCAUGGUCAUAAAGCUGCUUAAAAGCAAGCUUGCACAGCCGCCGGCGCCGCACCCGGGGGUUUCUCCGGGCCAGGUGUCUGUUUGCAGCGCAGCCGCGCCGGCAAAAGAGCCGCACAGGCCCCGAGACGCGGCCAAGGCCAAGGAAAGAACCCGGAUAGAGGAGGAGCUGGAGGCCAGAAUAGCGAGGGUGCAAAAAAAGAUCAAAGAGCUGAAAAACCCGCGCGACCCGCUGUACAGAGUGCAUUUAGAAGACUUAGAGGAUAGCCGGCGAAGAUUGAAUGAUUUCUUGCAGAUAUAA